UGUGACGACCCGAUCCACCCCCGCCUUCCUCUCAGGCCAGCCGUGCCCCCCAUUCUCUCCGCACCAGAUCUGAUCCGUCUGUCUUCUUUCUUGUGUUGUAUAGAUUCCUGUAUUGAAAGGAAAGACAACUUGAGUCUUGAAGAGAAAGCAUCGAAAAACCUGCUUCAACUUAAGGUGAGAGAAGCGAGGAGGAGGUGAAGUUAAAGAAAUGCCAAAGAGGACAACACAUACAUACUCAAGUGAGGAUGCAGCUCCAGAGGGGCCAGAUUCUGAUCUCUUUGUCUAUUACUGCAAGCACUGUGGAUCUCAUGUUCUCAUAACAGAUACCCAAUUGCAGAAAAUGCCAAAGAGGAAGACCGACAAAGCUUAUGUAUUGGACAAGAAGAAACAUCUUGCCAGACUGAACAUAAAUGAGGCAGGAAAAGUUCUCUUAAAACGUGGUGAAGGUAAAUUGGAAAAACAAUUUCGGAUGAAUUGUCUGGGUUGUGGUCUUUUUGUCUGUUAUCGUGCAGAAGAAGAUCUGGAGAGUGCAUCUUUUGUUUAUGUGGUUGAUGGUGCACUCAGUACUGUUGCGGCUGAAACCAAUCCACAGGAUGCGCCAGUGCCACCAUGUAUAUCUCAACUAGAAGGAGGGCUUGUGCAGAUAGCUAUAGAAGUUGAAGAUCGUGCACAGCGUUCAGCCAUCACAAGAGUGAAUGCUGAUGAUGUUCGAGUCACUGUAGCGGCACCUGCUGCACGCGGAGAAGCUAACAAUGAACUUUUGGAAUUUAUGGGCAAAGUGCUGGGCUUAAGGUUAAGUCAGAUGACUCUUCAGAGAGGAUGGAACAACAAGUCAAAGCUUCUUGUGGUGGAGGAUUUGACUGCUAGACAGGUGUAUGAGAAACUUUUGGAGGCUGUGCAACCUUGAUGGUGUGGUUUGGACCAACGGUCAUGCUUUUGGCACACAAGUCAUAACCAUUCUCACGCAUUUGACCUGUGUCGGGAAAAGACUGCAUUUUAUUUUGCUCAUAAACUGGGCUAGCUUGCCCAUUUUUGACAAUAUUACUUGUCGACUGAUGCUACCAAAUAUUAGCACCGUAAGUGUACGGGCCGUGAAAAUAGAAAAUGGUAAAUCAAGAUCGAUC